GCUAACGCGGAUCGUCUGAGGAAUCUAACCCGGAAGAAGAAACAUACUAACGUUGAUAGUUAGCUAGCGGGGUUAUUUUGCAAGUGUGUGAGAAUGUGUCUUUUGAUACGGUUUAACGUAGGUUUUGAUAUUGCCAAACAAGGACUAUAAACGUGGAACCAACGAUGUUAUCAACCACAAUUCUAUAUCGUUUUGUUAUCGGGUCUAGGAAAGUAAGUUAGCUUGUUAGCUAAAGCCUAGCUUACUGAUUUAGCUAGUUUUCAAAUAGUUCUGCAUAGAUAGCAAUCCGCUAUCUAGCUAAUGUGAACUCGUGGUGAACGGUCAGUGGAAUGAAAACGGUGAUGUCCGAAUAAUCUGCUAUAAUUCAGUGCGCUAACUACAUAAUUCAUAGGAAGCUAUAGAAGAAUUCAUGAUGGAUGAGGAUUCUGCCGACCCAUCCAACCCCCCUCUCUCCUGCUCCACUGAACCCAACCCUCCAGAGUCACUGGUUCCUGACUCUAACCACAGAGACAUGGACACCUGCAGUGAAAUACCCAGAUUUAACAUUGUAGUCAAGGAGGAGGAGGAAGACUGGGAUGUGGAUAAUAUUGGAGAGAAUCCUAACCCCAGCUCUGGCGAAGAGGCAUCAACAGAACAACACCAGGAGAAUCCUACGGCUAAGAAGCCUUGGCGAUGCCCCCAAUGUGAAAUAGAAAUCGCUCACCCAUCCAAUAUCAACAGACACCUAAGAACACACACAAAACCUGCUAAGGAGUCUUCCGUCUGUCCAGUAUGUGGAAAAGACUUUGUUCACCCCUCCAAACUGAAGAGACACCGCCGAACACAUACAGGAGAGAAGCCUUACCAGUGCUCUGUGUGCGGGAAGCGAUUCACACUGAAACCCCACCUGGAAAGACAUCAGAUGACCCACCCUGGAGGGAAGCAGCCAGACGCGACAAAGAAGCACCCGUGCUCCGAUUGUGGAAAGGAAUGUUUCUCUGCAUAUGAACUGAAGAUGCAUAUGAGAAAGCACACAGGGGAGAGACCUCACCAGUGCACCUACUGCGAGAUGAGCUUUGGCUGUAAGGGAACUCUAUCGAGACACGUACGACGCCAUACAGGAGCACCCACACCAAAACCUUACCAAUGCUCACAGUGUGGGAAGAGAUACGAGUCACCGUCGAGGCUCAGGCAGCAUCAGACUGUGCACACUGGAGAGAAACCUUACGAGUGCUCUGAUUGCGGGAGGGGUUUCGCUUCGACCGAAGGUCUUCGCAAACAUCAAUGCAGCCAUGCCAGUAACCAUAGCAACCAGUGUACACUGGGAAUUUCAGAAACGGCAUCAUCAGGCAGUCAAACUAUGAAUAUCAAGAUCAAAGACGAGGAACAGGAGCUGGCAAUUAAUGUCAAAGAGGAGGAGGAAAUUUGUGUUUUUGUCAAUGCUGAUAGAGAAACCUUACCGGUGUACCACCUGUAA